AUGUGGCUGGGCACUUUCAACACAGCAGAAGGAGCGGCGAGAACCUAUGAUUGUGCAGCUUUCGGGAUGAGAGGGUCAUUGGCCAUUGUGAACUUCCUAGAAGCAGCCAUCAGAAUCGCUGUUCCUCGUCGUCUUCAAUGGUGGAAACCCAGGGUAGAAGACGAGUGUUUGGAUGAUAAAUUGUUAGAGAAGCUUCUUGAUCAUACGACGAGUCUGAGCUCUUCGGACCUUCCGCUUCCGGUUGCUGUCAAUCCUUCCACCGUUGCCUCCUUCAGAUCUGUGAAAUCUCAGGACUCGUCCUUGGCUGCCGUUGCUCGUCCUUGUUUAAAGCACUGUUCGAGCAUCUAUCCGAUGGAUGAUUGA